AAAUUAAACGCGCUACCCUUUCUCUUUGUUCAUGCGUAAAAUCACUUAAUAGUAAAAGCACUUAAAAGCACAAAAAAGCGAAAAUCAUAAUCUGAAAUUCGCGGUUCCAUGGCAAGAGUCAAGCACAUUCCACGUCCUGGUAAACGCACUCGUCGCAGUAGUAGUAGUAAUGCAAAUGAGUCUGAGGAAAAGAAGAAAAGAAGGAAUAGACCAGGAACAGUUGCGCUUCGCGAGAUUCGUAAAUUUCAAAAGGCUGUUAACUUGCUUAUACCUUGUGCUCCGUUUGUUAGAUGCGUCAAACAGAUUACAAACCAACUAUCUAUGGAGGUAUCACGUUGGACGGCUGAAGCCUUAUUAGCACUUCAGGAGGCAGCUGAGGAGCAUCUGGUUCGUAUGUUUGAAGGUGGGAUGCUCUGUGCACUUCAUGCAAAGCGUGUUACCCUUAUGAAAAAGGAUCUUGAGUUGACCCGUAGGCUUACAGGAAUAGGAUGCGCUCGGUGAGAGCACGACACGGGCAGUGAAAAUUGUUGUUGCUAUAUAUAAACUUGACAUUCUUCGAUGAUGCCAUUGCUGUUUGUAUACCCCAAUUUCAAAUUAAAAUUAGGUACUAGGCUAACUCGCAUAUUGUCAAUAGCAAUCUUUUGUAGGUGAAAAAUCUGUUGUAGAAUAAACCAUCAUUGUAGAAAAAGGAUUUACUACUGAGUCUGAGUGAGAAUGAAUGAGUAACUUAUUUAAAUUGUAGCAGGGAAAUAUUUCAAGAUUAUUGUCAUUCAUGUAUUUACUUGUUGUGGUUAGAAAGAAUUCAUGUUGUUUAAGCAUCUAAA